UUAGAUAAAUGUUAUUCAAACCAGGUUUUGUUGAUCCAAGAUACUUCUUCUAAUUGGUUCACCGUGAUGUGGCCAGGCUUGUCAUGUUAGCCAUUAGGAAUCAAAUCCCUGUCUGUCAGUAUUAUCACACCGGGGUAUCAAUGAGAAACAUUAAAAGGGGGAAAUAAGAUAGCGACGACGCCGCAAACUAGUACACUUUACAGAGGCCUAAGCUGAGGCUUCUUUGUGAUUCUCACAGCUGAGUGAUCGAAUUAGCGUGAUUUCGUGUCCAAAGAGGGAAAUUUUGGCAGGAGACUUCACAGAUACCUUGAGAAAGAUACAAAAGAUGGAUUUGUAGCCGCUCCAAUUUUCGCCAAGUCGUCCAAAACCUCCGAUUCUAGCACAAGGACAUAGGCCAGAAUAGACAUAACCUGAGUAUCCGCUAAAAAAAAUCUGUAUACACUCGGGGAAAGAAUUCUUCUGCUGUUUGUUGAAUAUAAAGAAAGACGAGAACGGAGCAAAGACUCUUGAAUUCAGAGAAGCUGACCUAGAAGUAAAAACUUCUAUCUAUCUGAACUAUCCUAAGAAGGAGUCUCUCCUGGAGGAAAGUUCUUUACCUUUACUUUCUUGCUGAGUUUGACGAAGAACAAUAGAAAGGCUCAAGCUAAAAAGAAAAAGCAAGGCUCUGGAAUUCAGAAAUUUAGGAUUGCGUCAAAGGUCGUCACGCGUAGGAAUUCAGCAGAUUUUCAGGUCGAAAAUGAAUAUCAGCAACGCCACAGGAAACCCGUCACGCGGCUGCUCGACCUCGGUCCCAGACUCCAAGAGUGCUGUUGGCUUGUCGGUCGCUUUUGGCAUUGUCCUGUUAUUCGCAGUCGUUGGAAAUGCGUUUGUAAUUUGGUUUGCUCGGCGUUCCACCCGCACAAAAUACACUGCCUUUAACUACUUUCUAAUCUCCAUGGCAACUGCAGACAUCCUUGACGUCAUCUCUUCCACGCCGAUUCACUGGAUUUUCUUGUUCUUUGGGGUGGAGUGGGUAGGGGGGGUAAUGGGCGAAAUAUCCUGCAAAGUCGUCUACUUUCUCGUAAACCUCUCGGUCUACGCCUCGGUAUUAACACUUGUCACCAUAACAACGGAUCGUUAUUUCGCCAUACGUCACGUGAUGUAUAUCCCACUCUCCCGCCGGCGAAUGAUUCUAGUGCUGAGCGGAAUCUGGGCACUAGCUGGUCUCUUCGCCGCUGUGCAGUUGUAUAAGUUCAACGUGUACUACAUCCGAGGACGUUACUAUUGCUACUCGUCCUGGAAUAUUGACACUAAGCGGGAAAUAAUUUUUGUUAAAUACGAGAUGGUUCUUACCGUCGCAAUGUCUUAUGGGUUUCCUCUAGUCGUCAUGGUGAUCAUGUACGCAUUUAUUAUCCGGGAACUUUGGAAACGGUUGGACAUCUUUGCGCAUGAUCAGAACAGCUCCCUCGAGCGACGCAUCCAGCGGCAGAAUCGCCCAUUGGUCAAAAUGUUUGUAACCUUGGUAACAGUUUUCGCUAUCUGCUGGUUCCCAGUCCACGUCAAUCAUUUGUUAAUUGCCUUUGAUUACCAGCAAUAUCUGUGCCUUCCGAAUGUUGUACCGCUGACAUUCUACCUGCUGGCUCACGCUAAUGCUGCAAUCAACCCUUUCAUGUAUAUAAUCUUCAUUGAAAACUUCAGGAAUGCCCUUGCAAAUCACGUGUGUGGUAGACUUACGAGGCUCAUUACAUUUUUCAACUUCACAUCUCCGAGAACUUCCUACUCUCCGAAUGCAGUGGCUUAUGUCAACGGCGCUAUCGUUGGUGAAGGAGAUAAUGGUAAUUUGAUUGGUGGAAAGGUUAGCGGUGAUGUGAUUGUUGGAGACGUUAACGGUGAUGCGAUUGGUGGAAAGGAGAGCAAAGUUGUGAAUGGUGGAAUACUUACCAGUGAUAUGAUUGGUGGAAAAGCUAGCUGUGAUGCGAUUGGUGGAAAAGUUAGCGGUGAUGCGAUUGUUGGAAAGGUUAGCGGUAAUUCGAUUGGUGGAAAAGCUGGUUGCACUGUGAUAAUUGAUGGUGAUGUUAAUACGGCUGUGAUUGGUGGAGAGAUGGAUAGCGCUGUGGUUGGUGGAGAGAUGGAUAGCGCUGUGGUUGGUGGAGAGAUGGAUAGCGCUGUGGUUUGUAGAGAGAUGGAUAGCACUGUGAUUGGUGGAGAAAAUAACAGUAAUAUGAUACGCAAAGGUGUUAAUGGUGCGGUAAUUUGUAAAGUUGCUAAUAGCUAUGUGAUUGGCGGAAAGGCUAAUGGCCCUGAAAUUGGUGGAAAGGCUGGGGUUGAUGAAAAUUGCGAGUAUGUCGGGAUAUGGGAUGGUCGAACUUUUUCCAAGACUCGAGAGAACGAUAAAACGACUAAAAAGUCGAGUAUCUGUGAAAUCGAUGUGCAGAACGCUUACCGACGUAGGCUCUCUACGGAGGGUGAUAGUAAGUCAAAGUUGUGCACAAGUCCCGAAAACGAAGCGAAUAAAAACAAAAUGAAAACAUACGUUUCAGGACGAAAGAAAAGACUCGAAGAAAGACAAAGUGGAGAAGAGAAAGAAAGCACUUUGCGGUGUCACUUAAACGAAGGAUUUGAAGGUGAGCCCGCGAUCCAUCUUGGCCGCUGUGACUAAUAAAGCUGAGGACUUCCCAGUCGAGCCAUUUCCAGCAAAAAGGCGAUAACAUUGAUGGGGAACUCGUCAUUAGAAGCUAAUCAUCUUUGCCAAAUUUUAGAGGUUGAUUAUAGCGGUGAGAGAUUGUUUUCAAGGGCAGAUCCAUCCUGGCUUUCCUGAAGGGACGGGAGUUUGUGGACCGCAACUGAUUUUAAUCAAAAUUAUUGGUAGUUCAGGGUUUUAAUUGAGCAAAAUAUACAGCCAGGAGAGCUGUAGCUUAUAAAUUCCAGUAGUAGUCGCCAGUAGUUUAUAAACACUUCCUACAAGAGUAGAUAAAAGUUUUUUCCCCAAGACUACUUACAAGUUAAGAUUAAUCCUUGCGCGUAGACAGGGACCCCCCUUGGCGGCUAAAAAGUUUGUCAUUAAUUAUUAAGGAAUAUUUAAAUCCUAUGCUUUUUCCAUAUGAUACCUAUGUCUGCGCACCUCCCAUCAGCCAAUCCUGGGCACGCACCUGCAAUUUUAUUCUACUUUCCCUUAGUGCUCACAGGUCAGAAGCCACACACCUCAAAAUCUUCCUUGCCCAUUCAUCCCAGGGAAAGGACUCUCCAGAAAAGUACGGGGUGAUCGUCCUGUCUUUCAGGAAAUAAAAUUUCGACUGCUAUCCCUAGGGGAUAUUUUUCAGAUUCUGCUAUCCUUUAAUUAAGGGUAUAAAAUUCGAGCAACUGCUAUUCCUUAGGGGGUGCUUAACGGUUUUUUUCGAUUCUGUUAUCUCGGGUUUAAAAAUCCUUUGACCACACCUAAUUUGCUAUCUCUUAGGGGUAAGAAUUUCUGUUGACCACACCCAAAGGGUUGAAUUAAGUUUACCGACGAUCACCCCCGUCUGUUUUUAUUCCACCUGUGAUUGAUUCUAAUUUCGACCAAUCACUAAUUCCUCACAAUGAACAUCAUACUCCUCUCGUUUUAUCUUGAUGAAUGUUAUCCUAUAUGUAAAUACAGUAGACCAAUAAAAACGAAUCAAAAUA